AUGUCCACUUCGGGUACUGGCCUUCGGCCUGUAACUACACACAUCACCGGCCACAACGCAGAGGGCAAAGCUAUCCUGCACUCUUCAACAGUGGUGCCGCCUUCCUACCACGGUCAUGUCACUCCGGGUCAGUCACAUCGGAUGUCCUUUAGUGUGGGCUAUACAACUUCUCAAUUCCCGCCGGAUCUGAACAAUGAUGCCGAUCUGAAGGCACAUGAGAAGCUCAUGCAGUCUGGAAAGUUGGGUUUGGUCAAUCCCGGUGGAUCGGUGUUUCGCAUUGUAGACUUUGCACCGAAUAGCCCCGGUGCAGUUCAUCGCACGCAAAGUCUGGAUUACGGAAUUGUUUUGGAAGGUCAGAUUGAGAUGAUCCUGGAGGAGGGAGAGCCGGUUUUGUUGCAGCGAGGGGAUCAUGCCAUUCAACGUGCCACUAUGCAUGGUUGGCGUAACCCUAGUCCGACCGAAUGGACUCGGAUGGCAUUUGUCCUGCAGGACUGCAUGCCCUUGACUGUCAGUGGGACUCGUCUGAAGGAAGAUUUGGGUCCUAUGGAAGGGGUCAUUAACCCAAGUGGAAAUGACCAGUGA